AUGGUGAAGGAAACUAAGCUAUAUGAUCUUUUGGGAGUAUCACCAAACUGUAAUGAUGCAGAAUUAAAGAAGGGGUAUAGGAAAGCAGCUCUAAAGUAUCAUCCUGAUAAACCUACAGGUGAUACUGAGAAGUUUAAGGAAAUUUCAGAAGCUUUUGAGAUUUUAAAUGAUCCCAAUAAAAGGGAAGUGUAUGAUAAAUAUGGUCUUGAGGCUGCAAGAGGGAAUGGACCAGCGGGUUUUGGCGGUCAGGCUGGUGCAGGAGGUGGCUUCAGUGGAUUUGGAGGUGGAGGACAUGCGUUUUCCCAGGAAGAUGCGUUCAAUAUAUUUUCCCAAUUCUUUGGUAAUAGUGCUGGAGGAGCGUCGCCAUUUGGAUUUUCCUCUGGCGGGGAUGAGUUUGGGUUUGGUGGUGGCUUCCCUGGGGGUGCUAGCUUCCACUCCACUUCUACUGGGAUGCCAGGUGGGUUUUCAGGUAUGCCAGGCGCUUCGGGAAUGCAUUCGCACUCUCAUGCUCAACAAGAGGAAAAGGUAGUACAAGUAAAUCUUCCUGUAAGCUUGGAAGAUUUAUAUGCGGGUAAAAGGAAAUCAUUCAAGAUCACAAGAAAGGGUCCAAGUGGUAUUCCAGAGAAAAAGCAGAUCGAUAUUCAGUUGAGACCUGGAUGGAAAGCAGGUACGAAGAUUACGUAUAAAAAUGAGGGUGAUUAUAAUCCGUCAACGGGAGGAAGACAGACAUUGCAGUUUAUUAUUCAGGAGAAAAUGCAUGAUUUCUUGAAGAGGGAUGGCAACGAUUUAACGUACACACUACCAUUGUCCUUCAAGGAGUCUCUACUAGGCUUCUCGAAGACAGUACAUACCAUUGAUGGAAGGCAAAUAUUUAUCUCCAAGACUCAACCUGUCCAGCCAAGCGAAGAGUCUAGAUAUCCGGGUCAGGGUAUGCCGCUGUCGAAGAAUCCGUCUGAGAGAGGUGACCUCAUAGUGAAAUAUAAAAUUGAUUAUCCAAUAACCUUGAGUGAACAACAGAAACUUGCAAUUGCUGGUAAUUUCUAA